UAAAACAAAGUGCGCAAAACCUAUUUAUAUACAGUUCGCUAUACGAGAUGCUAACGAUAACAUCAUAGAUGCUAGAAUAAUAAUUAAACUUGGCAUUUAUCAUACAUAAGAUAAUAAUAAUAUAUUUUAAAAAAUAUAAUAAUUUUUUUUUUGUAUGCAAAAAAAAGUUUGAAAAUGCAACAACAAACUAAUAACUUGGUAUCUUCAAAUGCUCUUUAUUCUAAAAUAAUUCUAUUAGUUUUCGUCCUGAUGUGUGCUGUGAAACGUUCGAAUAGCUUUGAUUAUUUUAAAGAAAAACCUUCGUUUAUGAAAUCUUGCAAACUUAGCCAACCGGAUCUAACAAAAUGUUCUACUGAAGCAAUACAAAAAAUUGUCAAGGAAAUCAUGAAAGGUGUGCCUGAGUUUAGAGAUGUAAUUGGCUCGUUAGAUCCUCUCGUGCUAAACGAUAUUGCCUUCAAACAGGAUGGCGCCGAGGCAGUAAACAUCCUAAUUGGCUUGUCAACCUUGAUAAUUAAAGAUAUGUCAAGAGUGCAGGUCGUAGAGAGCAGGGUUCAUCGUAACGAUCUUAGUUUUCUGCUGAAGUUGCAUAUGCCUGAACUGAGACUAACGGGUCACUACAAAUUAGAUGGACGCAUUUUGCUGCUGUCUUUGAAGACAGAAGGGGAAAUGGCCAUUGAUUUGGAGGAUGUCAACAUAACAACGCUUAUCAAAACUGACUUAUUCGGUAGAGACGGCUACACUUUCUAUAAUGUCACUAAAGUCCAAAACGAUAUAAAUAUUGGCAAAUUGAAGGCAAAAUUUGAUAAUUUAUUCGGCGGUCGCAACAAAGAUUUGGAACGAAGCAUCCUCACGUCAAUCAAUGAAAAUUGGCGAGAAUUCUUCGAAGUUCUGCGCCCAUCCACAACCAAUGUUACGAACCAAAUAACAUUUGAUUUACUUCAUAAGAUAUGUUUACGUAUACCAGCUAAAUAUUUUCUAGAAGAUAUUCCCACACCUAAGCAAUUCCACGAAAAUAUAUCUUCAAAUACAUUAUAGUAACAAUUACUUUACAUAAGAUUUCCUCGACCUUGGCACGAAAAUCCUCCUCCUGGCAGAUGCAUUGGAAGUUACUUUAACCUGAGCCUAAGCAUGUUAACCUUUUAUAAAUUUCAAAUAAUAAUUUUAAAAAAUCCAAAAGAACUGAUUGAUGAAUAGAUCGACAGGGACUAUAGUUAGGACUUAUCAUUAUUGUUGUUGUUGCGCAGCUAAGGUAAAUAACUAUUUUGCGUUGUAAAUCGGCAUCAGUUGGAAACUUUCCGAUGGCCAGUAUUCAAGAUUACUUCAGCUCUUUGAUCGUCUCUGCGAAUCUCAAUAAGAAGCAUGUCUGCUAAAGCUGUGCACAGGCAAAGCUAUUUGAUGCAUAACUAAAUUAUAAAACGCAUUAUAUAACCACGUUUAACGCAACCACAGAAACGUUUCAGUUUGCGGUCCUCGAUCGUUAGACGGAAAGGGUGUAACUCGAAAAUGUAAAUUUUUUAACUCAUAUUU